ACCUGUAUUGGAAACCUGUUGCCAACCGUUGCCAACCACAAUAUGUCGUCGAUGAAUUUGCGCACAGCCAAUCUUAGUGCGUGUUUUCCCCGCCCGCUACGGGAGCUGUAGCAGACCAAGCCGGAAAUAAUUCUCACGUGUGGGACAGGAGCUGUGCUGUUCUGUAAUGGAUUCUCCCAUAGAAGUUAGUGUAACUGGUGGCAAAGAAGAUGAGCCUGUCUCCCUUAAGAGAAAAAUGUCUUUAUUCAGUUGUGAGAUUUGUGGUGGUGAAGAAGCCAAAUAUAAAUGUCCCCGGUGCAUGAAAUAUUCCUGCAGUCUGCCAUGUGUAAAGAAGCACAAAACUGAGGUCAACUGCAGUGGCUUGCGAGACAAGGCAGCUUUUGUGCCAAUGAGCAAAUUUAAUGAGAUAAAUCUUUUGAGUGAUUAUCGUUUUUUGGAGGAUACUUCAAGAUUGGUAGACUGUGGAGCUAGAGAUCGUUUGUUCCCCCGACACACAAGUAAUAAAUAUUUAAACCUUUUGAAAAACAGAGCUCGACGACACAAUAUUGACCUGAAAAUCUUGCCAAUUGGUUUCACAAAGAGAAGAGUAAAUUCAACUUUCUUCCACAAAAAAGAGCAACGAUUUUACUGGCACUUGAAGCUCAUAUUUCCUCAAAGUCAUGCAGAGUACACAGAGAAAAGGGUACCAGAUAAUAAAAUACUCAAUACAAUACUGGAGAAAUACAUCGAUUCUGCAAAUUCAGACCCAGUUAUUCGCCAAAGGUUAAAAACAUACGUCAUGUCUCAGUCAGGUGUGAAAGUCUAUAUGAAGUUGGAGCAGGGAAAGUGUAAUCCAGCCAGGUUCUAUGAGUUGGAUCCAAGUGAAAGUCUCCUAAAGAACUUAGAAAAUAAAACAGUAAUAGAGUACCCUACGCUGUAUGUUGUGCUGAUGGAAUUCACCAGUGAUAUUGUUGUACUUGGCAAAGAGCAUGUGCAGGUUUCACCUCCGGAUAAAGACCAAGAAGAAAAGACAGACGCAAGCAAAUCCUACAAAUGAUUAAAUAUUUCUCUGGAUAAAUAGUUUGUUUAUAGCAGUUCUUCUCUACUCAUCAUAUUGGUUUGUUAAAAAGUGUAUCCUGUACAUCCUGUACAUUUUGAAAUCUGGAAUAAAUGGUCACUGACUGGUUUUAUAACAUCUCA